CCAACUCCAAUCAUGUCCUAAAUCCGCCAUAUUAGAAUUGCGUAUACUCGCUUGCAUUCUACUGUGCGGUGGCGUUCCUUUUUUUAUUUAGAAACUUAAAUUUAAGGGCACUUGAAAAUGGGUGAUUCAGAUGACGAGUACGAUCGCAAAAGACGUGAUAAAUUCAGAGGGGAACGCCCUGAAUCUUAUUCCAGAGAAGGACGACGAGACGAUCGACGCCGAGAGGAAUGGGUUGACCGGGAAUGGUCCAGCAGGCCAAGAGCAAGGCCAGAUUACAGAGAAUAUAGAGGUGGCGGAGGAGGCGGAGGACGAGAUCGUUACAGUCCUGCAAGAUCUCAGGAAAUGGCACCGCCGCUAAAAAGAAUGAGAGCAGAUUGGGAUGAUAGAGGUCCUCGUUACGGGGGUCACCCUGAUUAUUACGGUGGCGGCGGCGGAGGUGGUGGUGGAGGAGGGGGUGGAGGCGGUGGCGGUGGCAAUGCUUGGGGUCCUGACCAUUUCCCACCGCCUCAUCAUGGCAACCAUUACCAUGGCAAUCAUGGGAAUGCCAGCAGCAGUCGCGAAGUUGCCGGAAACUUCAGCAACUCAAACGUUGAGACGCAGCCACCGAUGAUGACGUUCAAAGCUUUCCUUGGAACGCAAGAGGACACGAUUACAGACGAUCAAGCGAUCAAACGUUACAACGAGUACAAACUGGAAUUUCGCCGACAGCAGCUCAAUGAAUUUUUCGUAGCGCACAAGGACGAAGAAUGGUUCAAAAUCAAAUACCAUCCGGAAGAAUCAGUUAAGCGAAAGGAAGAACAAAUUGCAGCACUGAGGAAACGAGUCGAGGUUUUUCUGGAGUUAUUGAAUUCCGGACAAAUCGACAGAGUUACGGUCGAUGCCGAUCAGGCCGAGCCUCUCUUGCACCUCCUCGAUGCAGUUGUUAUUAAAUUGGAAGGCGGAACCGACGACGAUUUGAAAAUUCUCGACGCCAAACCAUCGUCUGCUAUGCAGGCGAAAGAGUUGCUCACUGUGCGCAAGGAAAAAGAAGGAGUCAAAGAAGUCAAAAUCAAACAGAGUCCGGAAACGAAAACAGAAAAUACGGAAGACAAACCCUUGGAAGAUGCCCCCGCUGAAGAAGGCAAGACCAACGAGGAGCAAAAUGGUGACGUCGAGAUGAAGGAAUCAACGGAAGAAGCUCCGGAGGAGAAGGAAACUGAGGAGGAAAAAAUGGAGGAGAAUGUGGUUGAAGAGGCCAAAGAAAUCAAAGAAGAAACACCCGCAACGGAAGAAAAACCGAGAGAGCAAAUAAAUCCGAAAAAGAGAAAACGCACUGACAGCAACAGCAGUUCAAGUAGUAGCAGCAGCAGCAGCUCUUCUGACAGCGAUAGCAACAAACCGGACACUCCAAAAGCAGAAACUCCAAUGGAAGAUAAACCGCCAAGCACAACGGACGAAAAUGUUGAAGAAAAAGAAGAGGGUAAAGUUAACGAAGAGGAUAAAGAGGAAAAAGGAAAGGAAGAGGAAGUUGAAUGCGUAGAUGCGAAGAAAUCUGACAUCGAACCAAAAGCCGUGAUCGAUUUGGCGAGUGAGGAUAAAGAAAAAGAACCACGUGCUCUUCACAAAACAAGCAGCAUUUUCCUCAGGAACUUGGCACCGACCAUCACGAAAGCAGAAGUCGAAUCUAUGUGCAAACGUUUCCCUGGUUUUCUUCGUGUCGCCAUCGCCGAUCCGCAACCCGAACGUCGGUGGUUCCGUCGUGGGUGGGUCUCUUUCGAGCGACAAGUCAAUAUAAAAGAAAUUUGCUGGAGUCUCAAUAAUAUCCGACUUCGAGAUUGCGAACUCGGUGCGAUCGUGAAUCGUGAUCUUUCCCGUCGAAUUCGAACGGUAAACGGCUUGACCGCGCACAAGCAAAUUGUUCGACACGACAUCAAAUUGUCUGCCAAAAUCGUUCACAAUUUGGACAACAGGAUCGGCUUGUGGAAUACCGAGAAAAAACAGGACGACAAAGAUUCCGAGACUAAUAGAGAAUCGAAAAGCAAUCAAAAUUCAAAUGAAGCUGAGCAAGCUGCCUUUGGACUGUCCUCAAAAAAUCCAGUACUGAAAAACAUUACUGAUUACCUCAUCGAGGAAGCGUCUGCUGAGGAAGAAGAACUUUUGGGCAUGUCCGGUGACCAUGAAGAAGGACAAGUUGGUGGUGACGGCGAUGGACCAAUCGAAAGAGAUCCCACACUGAUUAAGGUUUUAGAUCGAUUAGUCUUGUAUCUGCGAGUAGUCCAUUCGGUCGAUUAUUACAAUCAUUGCGAAUAUCCGAACGAGGACGAGAUGCCAAAUCGUUGUGGGAUAAUGCACGUCAGAGGACCUCAGCCAACUGCCAAAAUAUCUUCAACCGAAUUGUCCGAAUAUUGUCGAAAUUUCGAGAGCAAAAUGUCGGCUUUCCUUGCUCCUGUCGCGACGGUUAAUUCCGAAGAGUUCGACAGUUUGGGAGCGAAAAGCGCAGAAGCUGAAGUCGAAAAAUUCGUUCAGGCUAAUACGCAAGAACUUGCGAAGGACAAAUGGCUGUGUCCUUUGAGUGGGAAAAAGUUCAAAGGACCUGAUUUCAUUCGCAAACACAUAUUCAACAAACAUGCAGAAAAAGUAGCCGAAGUUAAGGCUGAAGCGGAAUACUUCAAUAAUUAUCUCAAAGAUCCAAAGAGACCCCAACUUUCCGAGCAUCCCGGAAACAAAACGCCAGUCAGAGAGGGACCGCGUGAAGGAUUCGCGCCUUAUCCUCCUGCAGGCUUUGGUGUUUACGGGGGUGGAUUUGGCGGUGGUCGAGGAGGAGGUUACGGCGGAGGAGGUGGAGGAGGCGGAGGCGGAUACGGUGGUGGUUUUGGUGGAGGAUUUGGAAUGCCACGUCCAAAUCGUGGUGGUUUCAACAGAGGACGUGGCGGCGGUGGUGAAUUCCGGCCGAUCAUACAUUAUCGAGAUCUCGACGCACCUCGUGAGCCAGACGAAUUUUUAUAAAUCCAAGAGAUUUUAAAGAGACGAAGUACACUCCCCGGCGCUGGUGGCUUCCGGAAUUCGUUGCUCAACUGAGUGAAUAGCGUGAAAGAAACGAAACGCAGAUUUCAUGAAUAUAAAUAAGCGUAAAAAUUUAUAAAGAUCAAAGUUUAGCUCCAUAAGAAAAGAAAAUGCGAAAACAAUGAAUGCGUGCGUGUUGCUCUCUGUAUAUAAAGAGAAACGACGAUUACUUUCCAAUAAUUCACAGUUCAACGACGUGUUAACUAAGAGCAUAAUUCAUUAAUUAGAUAAACUUGCACGGUUAUAGAAAAUGUAAUGACCAAUACAUGUUAUUUUUUAAGAUGCUCAAGACUCAUCGAGCAUUUUUUCAAUCGGAAAAAAUUCUCGACCAAGUGUAAAAACAAAUGGGAAAGAAUAUUUGGUUGAAUUUAUAUUAUGAAAAAUGCAGUAAAGUUCUUUUCUAUCGUAAGAUUUAUCUGGAAAUAUUCACGAUUUUUUAAAACUAUAAUCAUUUCAAUUUGGAGAAAUGAGCUUUCGUCGCGACAUCUCUAUGUCAUUUUCAAUAAAGCAUAAAAAUAAAUAUUUCAAUUAAAACAACUUUCUACUGAGCGAUUUCAAAUUUAUAUGGGAAUUUUCAUUUUCAUGUCUUAUCGAUGUGACUAAUUGAUUUGACUUGUAAACACACAUUCAUAAACAAAUAUAUAUCUCAAUAAAAAAAGGACAUGGAUGAUAUAA